GCAUCAUCGACGCAUUCGGAGCUUUUGAGGUGUGGCCCUCGGGUGGGCUGCUGUGGGGCACCUGACCUUUUGCCUGCUAUCCCCAGUGAGGACCUUGUUCUGAUAGGGCCCAAGCCCACUUCACUUUUUUAAACAUUUUGUUAUGUUCCUACUUCUUCCAUGCAGAACGUUUGAGAGGAUGGAGAUUAAAUCACAGUCCUGUUUCUUUAUCCUUCUCCAUCACCUUUGUAAUAUUUAAGCAUGGCAAGAACCGAUUGGGAGGGACCGGCUUUACUUUUACCCGUUAAGGAACAACAUUGAUCUACCACAUGGUCAAUGAGCUAAAAGAGAAGGGCAACAAGGCCCUGAGUGCUGGCAACAUUGACGACGCCUUACAGUGCUACUCCGAAGCCAUUAAGUUGGAUCCCCAGAACCAUGUGCUCUACAGCAAUCGUUCUGCAGCUUAUGCCAAGAAAGGAGACUACCAGAAGGCUUACGAGGACGGCUGCAAGACAGUUGACUUGAAGCCUGACUGGGGCAAGGGCUAUUCGCGAAAAGCAGCAGCUCUUGAGUUCUUAAACCGAUUCGAAGAAGCCAAACGAACCUAUGAGGAGGGUUUAAAACAUGAAGCAAAUAACCCUCAGCUCAAAGAGGGUUUACAGAACAUGGAGGCCAGGUUGGCAGAGAGGAAAUUCAUGAACCCUUUCAACACGCCCAAUCUGUAUCAGAAAUUGGAGAAUGAUCCUAGGACAAGGACACUGCUCAGUGAUCCUACCUACCGGGAACUGAUAGAGCAACUACGAAAUAAGCCAUCUGACUUGGGCACGAAACUACAAGAUCCUCGUGUCAUGACUACUCUCAGUGUCCUCCUUGGAGUCGAUCUGGGCAGUAUGGAUGAGGAAGAAGAGGUUGCAACACCACCUCCUCCUCCUCCCCCCAAAAAGGAGACCAAGCCAGAGCCUAUGGAAGAAGAUCUUCCAGAGAAUAAGAAGCAGGCACUGAAGGAGAAAGAGUUGGGGAAUGAUGCCUACAAGAAGAAAGACUUUGACACAGCUUUGAAGCAUUACGACAGAGCCAAGGAACUGGACCCCACCAACAUGACGUACAUUACCAACCAAGCAGCGGUAUACUUUGAAAAGGGCGACUACAAUAAGUGCCGGGAGCUUUGUGAGAAGGCCAUCGAAGUGGGGAGAGAAAACCGAGAAGACUAUCGACAGAUUGCCAAAGCUUAUGCCCGAAUUGGCAACUCCUACUUCAAAGAGGAAAAGUACAAGGAUGCCAUCCAUUUCUAUAACAAGUCUCUGGCAGAGCACCGAACCCCAGAUGUGCUCAAGAAAUGCCAGCAGGCAGAGAAAAUCCUGAAGGAACAAGAGCGGCUGGCCUACAUAAACCCUGACUUGGCUUUGGAAGAGAAGAACAAAGGCAAUGAAUGUUUUCAGAAAGGGGACUAUCCCCAGGCCAUGAAGCAUUAUACAGAAGCCAUUAAAAGGAAUCCACGAGAUGCCAAAUUGUACAGCAAUCGAGCUGCCUGCUACACCAAACUCCUGGAGUUUCAGCUCGCGCUCAAGGACUGUGAGGAAUGUAUCCAGCUGGAGCCAACCUUCAUCAAGGGUUAUACACGGAAAGCAGCUGCCCUAGAAGCGAUGAAGGAUUACACAAAAGCCAUGGAUGUGUACCAGAAGGCACUAGACCUGGAUGCCAACUGUAAGGAGGCGGCAGACGGUUACCAGCGCUGCAUGAUGGCCCAGUACAACCGACACGACAACCCGGAAGAUGUGAAGCGGCGGGCUAUGGCCGACCCUGAGGUGCAGCAGAUAAUGAGUGACCCGGCCAUGCGGCUCAUCCUGGAGCAGAUGCAGAAGGACCCCCAGGCACUCAGCGAACACUUAAAGAAUCCUGUAAUAGCACAGAAGAUCCAGAAGCUGAUGGAUGUGGGUCUGAUCGCCAUUCGGUGAUGACUUGGUCAUCCCCCCCUUCCCUUCACCCUUGUGUGGAAAGAGGGCUGGGACCGCGGCCAGCAGCGCGGAGCAGAAGGGAGAGAAGGGGGAGAGAACAGCUUAUCUCUAUAUAUUUAUACAUACCUACGCGGAAGAUCCAGAGACUUGUACUCGCAUCAUUCGUGCAGCCGCUGCCUCUGGGCCCUCCCAGCACACGCAUGGUCUCUUCACUGCUGCCCUCGAGUUCCAUGUCUUUUCCCUGCCCCUCAGUGGCUGCUCUCCCAUAGUUGGUUAUUUUUUAUUUGGGGCAGUGGGCAUGUGUGGGAGGGGAGGGUGUUCUUCCCAGCCUCAGGUCCAGCUGUCUUCACAUUGUUAACUCCAGGGCCCCUUCUCCAAUAAAACAAGCCUGUCGGGCGUGGUUACAUGUUA